UGGUUGUUGUAGCAACCUUUUUUAGCGUCUGAAAUGUUGCACCGUGACGCUGCUAGUUGUGUUAGUUAAAGUAAGAUACUGCAAACAAAAACACGGAGUCAUGUAAAGUAAAACCGGGUAAUGUUUUUAAGCUAACGGCUCAGCUUGCUAGCAUGUUUGACUCGAGCUACAUGCUAAAAAAAAGCUAAGUUAACGAAGUUUAGCUUUUUUUUUUUUUUUUUUUUUUAGCUUCGCGCUAAAUUAGCAAAAAACCCACCUGCUUUUAACGAUACAGAUUUGAUAAUUACGUUACACUUUUCACUUAAGUUCUCCUAAACUUUAACUGCAAGAAAAUAGUAUUAGCAUGUCGGCUAUUAGCAGUCUGGUCCCUGCACGGUUUCUCACCAUCAUCGCUCACCUCGUCAUCGUCAUCACCAUCUUUUGGUCAAGGGAAAAUAACGUGAAGGCGUGUUUACCUCUGGAUUUCACACAGGAGCAGUACGACACCGCGGACAAGAAGCUGGUGGUGGGCCUGGCAGUGACCCUCGGUCUGUUUGCCGUCGAGCUGGCUGGUUUCUUUUCAGGAGUGUCCAUGUUGAACUGCAGCCAGGCUCUCCUGUCUGCAGGGGUCCAUGGCAGUGCCUCAGUGGCUCUGCUCUUCUUCCUGUUUGAGCAGUGGGAGUGUGACAUCUACUGGUGGAUCCUGGCCUUCUGCAGCUCUGGCUGCCCACUGCAGUGGCUCUGUGUCCUUGUCUUUUUUUGUGUUUGAGAGGUGGGAGUGCUGGACUUACUGGGUGAUUUUUGCCACCUGCAGCGUCCUGCCAGCCUCUGUGGAGCUCCUCCUGUUUACUGCAGUGUUUGGACUGAAGAAGAAACCGUUCUAAAGGACAUUUCUGUCACUCAGCUCUGCCUCUCAGAGUAAAACACAUCAUGCUGAUUGAAGAGGAGGUACCUGACAGAAACACCUGCAAACAUCCAGCAACAAAACGUCUAGUUUUAAAAAUAUUUGACUAACAGAGAAAAAAGGUUUUUUUUUUUUUGUUUUUUUUUUACAUACUGUUAAAAUGUGACAUCUCACAAAAACAAACAUUUAUUUCCUGCUGUCAGUCUGUAUGCUCUGUGUAAAUGUUACUUUUUAAAAUGCAAUUUGUACAAAUCUUUGUCUUUUCUUACAGAGGGUGACAAGAUAUUCAAAUAAAGUUUGAAAUAAUUAGGA